AUGGCAUCGCGACUUUUAUGGUGCGAUCCAUUCUGGAACGGCAAGAGGAAGCCGUUUGGCAUAGGCAUUCUCAUGUCUGGAAUUAUGAUCACCCUCCUCUUUUUCACAACGAUGUCGUACAUGUACGGCAUCCUUUUCAAAAGCGGUUAUCGGGCGCAUAGCUUGAAUAUUUUGGCUGUUGACUAUGACGGAGGUAUCAUUGGCGAAGCAUUAUCAGUGGCAUACGAACAGUUCCAUGGAGAUGAAUUUCCCGACCUUCAAUUCCAUACCACUGCCAAAUAUCCCUUUCUAAUUGAGGUUAAAAAGCUGCGAUGUCUCUGGAAAUCUGGAAAUCUUAUUGAUGCUGUAUCUUCAGUUUACCAUACUCUCAACGGAUCACAAGCUAUUUCGUCACUCAACGCAAGCAACGAAAACGCAGUUCUUCCCUUCUUAAACCCUAUAAAAGCAUCUAACAUCAACAUCAAGCCAACAGAACAAGGCACCCGUGUUUUGUCUAAUACCGUGAGCGUAGUCUUACCUAUUAUUCAACAGUUUUUCUUCCUCAUGGCAUUGAAUGGCAUCAAGAAUCAGUUUUGUAUUUAUGGCCGUUCCAAUUCUACACGAAUUGGCUUGAUGAGGCGUGUUAUUUCGAUUAUGUACACGUUAAUCGCCUCCCUUGCAACGACCGGUUAUAUUUGGGCCUUCCGAGAGUCCUGGGAUGUCAGUGGGAGUCAGCUCGCACUUGUAUAG